ACUAGCAGCCAAUUGUCUUAACCAUUGACUCAUCUCUCUAGCCCUGAAUUUUUGAAAAAAAAUUGUUUUCAACCUACUGAUCGUCAGUAAUAUACUGUUUUGUGUUGCUAGACAGUGGCAGUAAGCUGUAGCUUCCAGUCAGCCAUGCUACCAUCAAGGUGAAUGACAGAUACUCUACACUGCACUAUACUAUGUUGCCAGCAUUUUCUUUGGACAAGUGUGCAAUAAAUUACUUAAGUUAUUCACCACUAUCACUAGCUGGACUUUGUGUUAGAUAACUUUGUACAACAACAGGCUAAUUUAAUUGUUUUGAGCAGGUUUAGGGUAGAUGAGGCUAAGCUACGCCAUGGCUAUUCAGCAUGUUAGGACCAUUAAGCACACCUCAAAUUAAUAGUUUCUAAUUCAUAAUUGGUUUGUCAGGAUAUGACUCAUUUAAGUUAAAAAACAAAAACAAAACAAAAGAAAAUCAAAGGGCACCUGAACUUUGGAGGAAAAGCCCCCCCCCCGACAACCCCCCCCCCCCCACUGAAACUUAGUGUUUUCAUUUGAAAACAACUUACAAGAAAAUGUUUUUUUUUUAAAUUGGGUAUUUAUUUCAUUUACAUUUCCAAUGCUAUCCCAAAGGUCCUCCACUGCUCCCCCACGCACUCCCCCACCCACCCACUCCCACUUCUUGGCCCUGGCGUUCCCUUGUACUGAGGCUUAUAAAGUUUGCUUGACCAAUGGGCCUCUCUUUCCACUGAUGGCCUACUAGGCCAUCUUCUGAUUCAUAUGCAGCUAGAGACAAGAGCUCUGGGAGGUACUGGUUAGUUCAUAAUGUUGUUCCACCUAUAGGGUUGCAGAUCCCUUUAGCUCCUUGGGUAUUUUCUCUAGCUCCUCCAUUGGGGGCCUUGUGAUCCAUCCAAUAGCUGACUGUGAGCAUCCACUUCUGUGUUUGCCAGGCCCCGGCAUAGUCUCACAAGAGACAGCCAUAUCUGGGUCCUUUCAGCAAAAUCUUACUAGUGUAUGCAAUGGUGUCAGUGUUUGGAAGCUGAUUAUGGGAUGGAUCCCCGGAUAUGGCAGUCUCUAGAUGGUCCAUCCUUUUGUCUCAGCUCCAAACUUUGUCUCUGUAACUCCUUUCAUGGGUGUUUUGUUCCCAAUUCUAAGAAGGGGCAAAGUGUCCACACUUUGGUCUUCAUUCUUCUUGAGUUUCAUGCAUUUAGCAAAUUGUAUCUUAUAUCUUGGAUAUUCUAAAUUUCUGGGCUAAUAUCCACUUAUCAGUGAGUACAUAUUGUGUUAGUUCUUUUGUGAUUGGGUUACCUCACUUAGCAUGAUGCCCUCUAGGUCCAUCCAUUUGCCUAGGAAUUUCAUAAAUUCAUUCUUUUUAAUAGCUGAGUAGUACUCCAUUGUGUAAAUGUACCACAUGUUCUAUAUCCAUUCCUCUGUUGAGAAAAUGUUCUUAAUUUAUAAAGCAACAACUGAAAAUUUUAUCAAUUUACAAUAAAAUAUAUAAUACCUUAUACUGACUUUUGGGGUGUGGACCCUACUCCUGGUUUGCAGAUCUUAGUAAUAAGAGUGCUUUAGGCUGUAAAUACAUAUGCAUUAGGCAGAAGAGUCCACCAUCAGAAUGGCCCUCUCCUCAUUGCCGGUUGGGUGUGUUUUGUUUAAAGUCUGUUCUUUUCCUGAAUGAAGCAAGAGGUUAGUGGUCAGAAACCCAUUUCCCAAGUGUAUGUGGUGGCAUGCAUCUGCAAUUUCAGCACUCCUGGGACUCAAGGGAGAGAGGUAAAAUUGUUCUAGGUCAGCUACAUAAAGAGACUUUACCACCACCACCACCAAAAGAAAAAAAACCCUUUCUCCUACCCCUCAUCUUCUCUUUCUCUUACAUCAGGGUGGUUGAAAGUAUGUCUUUGAAAAUUUUGAAAGAAUGAUUCCAAUUUUAUUUUUGUUCAUGUAAAUAAAAGUCACUUUUAUAAGAACUCUCAGAGUUUUGAGUGUUUUGGUUCUUCCUACCCCCCCCCCCUCCGACUCACCAACCCAUCAUACUCAGUAUUCCUCAACUGUCCUGACCGGUAGCUAAUAUCUAGAGGGUAAGGAAACAGGCACCUUCUACAGGCAUGAAGGAAGUGUAAGAGACAGGAGCUCAACUCAUUGCUUUGGAUGCUCUGCUGGCUCAAAGUACAUUUUGUCUCCUUUCACAGGCAGACAAAGAAAGGAUGGAAUCCAGAAACAUCAAAGUGGUGAACAGUCUUCCUUCAAAUACCCACCUCAUGUUCAGACAUAACUAGGGAGUCAGGCUUGUGCUUUGACUGCCAUUGUACUGGUCUCAGAACCAUGUCUCUAAAAUUUCACCAUUCACAAGGCAGAGGCAGGAGGAUGGCGAGUUUGAAGAAAACCCGGGCUGCUUAGUGAGACCUGUCUCAAAACCCAACAAGCCAAACAAUAAAACUGGAUUCCCAUGAUAGGCACUGGCCACAACUUAAGGUUUAAAGAAGGAAGAUGGACACAUUUUAAAAGGCUAAAAAUUUUAAAGAGUAUUCCAAGUGAGCACGAAAGUGUGGCUGGAGAGAACAUGUUGGGAUGAAAAAGACCACAUUCCUGUGUCCGUGUAAGGGCACGGAAUAGACUGCGUCAAGACUGCAAACACUUGAGUUUCUCUCAGUAGGUUGCCGUUUUCAGGUGACUCCAGGAUCAGCAUCAGGUAGUGCUGUCACGAUCAGCAGAACAAAGGUCUCAUUCUGAAUGGUGGCGAACCUAUGUAAACGCCCAAGUCUAAGAUGGGCCAUUUCCCAGUGCCAUCUUGUUUUCAGGUUCAUUGGAGUUUCUGUGUGUUAGAGGCCACCCUAUGUCCUUGCAUCACCAAGGGUGCAAACCCAAAUGCAGAGUGACCUUGAGCAUCCUUCAAAUUCCGGGUGGUGCAGCUUCCCGCCCUGCCGUGAGCAAGUCUCUUCUGGAGUUGCAGGUUCUCAGAAAGGCCUUUCCCGAACCCUCCCCUACCUCAAGUCCUCUCCCUACAAACAGCAGGGCCAGGAGGAGCAGCCUUGAGGCUGCCGGGUCUACGCGGGCACUCUAACCGUCGCUACCUCGAGCGGGACGCGCUCCCUCACUGCCCCACCUUCGCGCACACUGUGGGGGGCCACUCCGCCAAAGCAGGUUUGGGAUGCCAGCCGCAUGGGCCGAGGAUGCUCGGUGCCCGCCGCCGAUGGGAGGCAGCGUGAGCCCGAAAGAGCCGGGAGGGAUCGCGGUGGCAGCGCUCGAGCGCAGCCUCCUCCCGCUCCCACAAUGCACAGGGCGGCGGCGGCGGCGGCGGCGGCAUCGCGCGCCGCGGAGGAGACAGAGGAGGCUACAGAGACCAGGCCUCUAAGGAGGCGAAGCGGCUGAGGAAACUGAGGGAGCGAGGGGGCGCUGAGGACGCGAGGCGACUGAAGAGACCGCAAGGGCUGUGUGUGUGGACCAGGCGGCUUGGGGAGACUGAGGCGGCGACGGCCGCGGAGGCUGGUACCCGAGUCCCCCGAGCACGCGCCUCGGGCUCACGCGGCCGCCGAGCCCUGGAGGUGAUGACUGUCAGGCUCCCGCCCGCCGCUAGCGCCUGACGCGCCCCGCCCCGGCCCGCCCGGGCCCGCCCGCCAGCUUGGCCCGCCCUGCCCGGCCCGGCCCUUCCCCUGCUCCCCGCCCGCCACCGUUUCACCCGCGCGGGCGGCCGCCACGCGAGCUGCGGCCUCCGCCUAGGCGGGGGGCGUCGGCGCUGGGCCCGCCAUGGCCGCGUCCGAGCUCUACACCAAGUUUGCCAGGGUUUGGAUCCCUGAUCCUGAGGAAGUGUGGAAAUCGGCAGAGUUGCUCAAGGAUUAUAAGCCUGGAGAUAAAGUGCUCCUGCUUCACCUCGAGGAAGGGAAGGAUUUGGAAUACCGUCUAGACCCAAAGACCGGUGAGCUCCCUCACUUACGGAACCCUGACAUACUUGUUGGAGAAAAUGACCUCACAGCCCUCAGCUACCUUCACGAGCCCGCUGUGCUACAUAAUCUCCGAGUUCGCUUCAUCGAUUCCAAACUUAUUUAUACGUAUUGUGGAAUAGUUCUGGUAGCUAUAAAUCCCUAUGAGCAGCUGCCUAUUUAUGGAGAAGAUAUUAUUAAUGCCUACAGUGGCCAGAACAUGGGUGACAUGGAUCCUCACAUCUUCGCAGUAGCUGAAGAGGCUUACAAGCAAAUGGCAAGGGAUGAACGAAAUCAGUCCAUCAUUGUAAGUGGAGAGUCAGGCGCAGGGAAGACGGUCUCUGCUAAGUAUGCCAUGCGGUACUUCGCAACUGUAAGUGGCUCUGCCAGUGAGGCCAAUGUUGAGGAAAAGGUCUUGGCCUCCAACCCCAUCAUGGAGUCAAUUGGAAAUGCCAAAACAACCAGGAAUGAUAAUAGCAGCCGGUUUGGAAAAUAUAUUGAAAUUGGUUUUGACAAGAGGUACAGAAUCAUCGGUGCCAAUAUGAGAACUUACCUUUUAGAGAAAUCCAGAGUGGUGUUCCAGGCAGAAGAGGAGAGAAACUACCAUAUCUUCUAUCAGCUCUGUGCUUCGGCAAAGUUACCUGAGUUUAAAAUGCUGCGGUUAGGAAAUGCAGAUAGUUUUCAUUACACGAAGCAAGGAGGCAGCCCUAUGAUAGAAGGAGUAGAUGAUGCGAAGGAGAUGGCGCACACCAGGCAGGCCUGCACUCUGCUGGGAAUUAGUGAAUCUUACCAAAUGGGAAUUUUUCGAAUACUUGCUGGCAUUCUUCACUUAGGCAAUGUUGGAUUUGCAUCUCGGGAUUCAGACAGCUGCACAAUACCUCCCAAGCACGAACCUCUUACCAUCUUCUGUGACCUUAUGGGUGUGGAUUAUGAAGAGAUGUGUCACUGGCUCUGCCACCGAAAGCUGGCUACUGCCACAGAGACAUACAUCAAGCCCAUCUCCAAGCUGCAGGCCACAAAUGCCCGAGAUGCUUUAGCAAAGCACAUCUAUGCAAAGCUCUUUAACUGGAUUGUUGACCACGUCAAUCAGGCUCUCCAUUCUGCUGUCAAGCAGCACUCUUUCAUCGGCGUGCUGGACAUCUAUGGAUUUGAAACAUUUGAAAUAAAUAGUUUUGAACAGUUCUGCAUAAAUUAUGCAAAUGAAAAACUACAACAACAAUUCAACAUGCAUGUCUUCAAAUUGGAACAGGAGGAAUAUAUGAAGGAACAGAUUCCAUGGACACUUAUAGAUUUCUAUGAUAAUCAGCCUUGUAUCAAUCUUAUAGAAUCUAAACUGGGAAUUCUCGAUUUGCUGGAUGAGGAAUGUAAGAUGCCUAAAGGCACAGAUGACACAUGGGCCCAAAAACUGUACAACACACAUUUGAACAAAUGUGCCCUCUUUGAGAAGCCCCGCAUGUCAAACAAAGCUUUCAUCAUCAAACAUUUUGCUGACAAAGUGGAGUACCAGUGUGAAGGUUUUCUUGAAAAGAAUAAAGAUACUGUUUUUGAAGAACAAAUUAAAGUCCUUAAGUCAAGCAAGUUUAAGAUGCUACCAGAGCUAUUUCAAGAUGAUGAGAAGGCCAUCAGUCCCACCUCUGCCACCUCCUCAGGGCGCACUCCUCUCACUCGAGUUCCUGUAAAGCCCACCAAGGGCCGACCUGGCCAGACUGCCAAAGAGCACAAGAAGACAGUGGGACAUCAGUUUCGAAACUCCCUUCACCUGCUUAUGGAAACCCUUAAUGCCACUACUCCUCACUAUGUACGCUGUAUUAAGCCUAAUGAUUUCAAGUUUCCAUUCACAUUUGAUGAGAAGAGGGCAGUGCAGCAGCUAAGAGCAUGUGGUGUCCUGGAGACCAUCCGGAUCAGCGCAGCAGGGUUUCCCUCACGGUGGACUUACCAAGAGUUUUUCAGCCGGUACCGGGUCCUAAUGAAGCAAAAAGAUGUGCUGGGAGAUAGAAAGCAAACGUGCAAGAAUGUAUUAGAGAAACUAAUAUUGGACAAGGAUAAAUACCAGUUUGGUAAGACAAAGAUCUUUUUCCGUGCUGGUCAAGUGGCCUAUCUUGAAAAAUUGAGGGCUGACAAACUUCGGGCUGCCUGCAUCCGGAUCCAGAAGACCAUUCGUGGGUGGCUUCUAAGGAAGAGAUACCUGUGUAUGCAGAGGGCAGCCAUCACAGUGCAGCGAUACGUGCGGGGCUAUCAGGCUCGAUGCUAUGCUAAGUUUCUGCGCAGAACCAAGGCAGCAACCACCAUUCAAAAGUACUGGCGCAUGUAUGUGGUCCGCAGGAGGUACAAGAUUAGACGAGCUGCCACGAUUGUUAUUCAGUCUUACUUGAGAGGCUACUUGACAAGAAAUAGGUAUCGCAAGAUACUCCGUGAAUACAAAGCAGUCAUCAUUCAGAAACGUGUCCGUGGCUGGCUGGCCCGUACACAUUAUAAGAGGACCAUGAAAGCCAUCGUCUACCUUCAGUGCUGCUUCCGGCGGAUGAUGGCCAAGCGUGAGCUGAAGAAACUCAAAAUUGAGGCUCGCUCUGUGGAACGCUACAAGAAGCUCCAUAUUGGCAUGGAGAACAAGAUUAUGCAGCUGCAGCGCAAAGUGGAUGAGCAGAAUAAAGACUACAAAUGCCUCAUGGAGAAACUGACCAAUCUGGAAGGAGUAUACAACUCUGAGACUGAAAAACUACGAAAUGAUGUAGAACGUCUUCAGCUAAGUGAAGAGGAAGCUAAGGUUGCCACUGGGCGGGUCCUUAGUCUGCAGGAAGAAAUUGCAAAACUCCGAAAAGACCUGGAACAAACUCGAUCAGAGAAAAAGUCUAUUGAAGAAAGAGCAGAUAAAUACAAACAAGAAACUGACCAGCUGGUGUCAAACUUGAAGGAAGAAAAUACUUUGCUGAAGCAGGAAAAGGAGACCCUCAACCACCGCAUUGUGGAGCAGGCGAAGGAGAUGACAGAAACUAUGGAGAGGAAGUUAGUAGAAGAGACAAAACAACUGGAGCUUGACCUGAAUGAUGAGAGGCUGAGGUAUCAGAACCUUCUGAAUGAGUUCAGUCGCCUGGAGGAGCGCUAUGAUGACCUCAAGGAAGAGAUGACCCUGAUGCUGAAUGUGCCUAAGCCAGGACACAAGAGAACAGACUCUACCCACAGCAGUAAUGAGUCUGAAUACACCUUCAGCUCUGAGUUUGCAGAAACUGAAGACAUUGCACCAAGAACAGAGGAGCCAAUUGAGAAGAAGGUGCCUCUGGAUAUGUCACUAUUCCUUAAGCUCCAGAAGCGUGUCACAGAGCUGGAACAGGAGAAGCAGCUGAUGCAGGAUGAGCUGGACCGCAAGGAGGAGCAGGUGUUCCGCAGCAAGGCAAAGGAAGAAGAAAGGCCACAGAUAAGAGGAGCUGAACUAGAGUAUGAGUCUCUCAAGCGUCAAGAACUGGAGUCAGAAAACAAAAAACUGAAAAACGAGCUGAAUGAGUUGCGCAAAGCCCUCAGUGAGAAAAGUGCCCCAGAAGUGACUGCGCCAGGUGCGCCUGCUUACCGAGUCCUCAUGGAACAGCUGACCUCCGUGAGCGAGGAGCUCGACGUGCGCAAGGAGGAAGUCCUCAUCUUGAGGUCGCAGCUGGUGAGCCAAAAAGAAGCCAUCCAACCCAAGGAUGACAAGAAUACAAUGACAGAUUCCACAAUUCUUUUAGAAGAUGUACAGAAAAUGAAAGACAAAGGUGAAAUAGCACAAGCAUAUAUUGGUUUGAAAGAAACAAACAGAUCAUCUACUAUGGAUUACCAGGAGUUGAAUGAGGAUGGAGAGCUCUGGAUGGUUUAUGAAGGGUUAAAACAAGCCAACAGGCUCUUAGAAUCCCAGCUACAGUCACAGAAAAGAAGCCAUGAGAAUGAGGCUGAGGCCCUCCGUGGGGAGAUCCAGAGCCUAAAGGAAGAAAACAACCGGCAACAGCAGCUGCUGGCCCAGAACCUGCAGCUGCCCCCUGAGGCCCGCAUUGAGGCCAGCCUGCAGCAUGAGAUCACCCGGCUGACCAAUGAAAACCUGUAUUUUGAGGAAUUAUAUGCAGAUGACCCUAAGAAGUAUCAAUCCUAUCGGAUUUCACUUUACAAAAGGAUGAUUGAUCUGAUGGAACAACUUGAAAAGCAGGAUAAAACUGUCCGGAAACUGAAGAAACAACUGAAAGUCUUUGCCAAAAAAAUUGGUGAACUAGAAGUGGGGCAGAUGGAGAACAUAUCUCCAGGACAGAUCAUCGAUGAGCCUAUCCGGCCAGUCAACAUUCCCCGGAAAGAAAAGGAUUUCCAAGGAAUGCUGGAGUACAAAAGGGAGGAUGAGCAGAAGCUAGUGAAGAACCUGAUUCUAGAACUAAAGCCACGUGGUGUGGCUGUCAAUCUGAUUCCAGGGUUACCAGCAUAUAUCUUGUUUAUGUGUGUACGACAUGCUGACUAUCUGAACGAUGAUCAGAAAGUAAGAUCAUUGCUGACAUCAACAAUUAACAGCAUCAAAAAAGUCUUGAAGAAAAGAGGUGACGAUUUUGAAACUGUCUCCUUCUGGCUCUCUAACACAUGUCGAUUUUUGCACUGUUUGAAGCAAUAUAGUGGAGAGGAGGGCUUUAUGAAGCACAACACGUCUCGCCAGAAUGAGCACUGCCUCACCAAUUUUGACCUUGCUGAAUAUCGGCAAGUACUGAGUGACUUGGCCAUUCAGAUCUAUCAGCAGCUUGUGAGGGUGUUAGAGAACAUUCUUCAGCCAAUGAUAGUCUCAGGUAUGCUAGAGCAUGAAACAAUUCAGGGCGUAUCUGGGGUGAAGCCCACAGGGCUCAGAAAACGAACCUCCAGUAUCGCAGAUGAGGGCACCUACACACUGGACUCCAUCCUUCGGCAGCUCAACUCCUUCCACUCAGUCAUGUGUCAGCAUGGCAUGGACCCGGAGCUAAUCAAGCAGGUAGUCAAACAGAUGUUCUACAUUGUGGGCGCCAUCACCCUAAACAACCUCCUCCUGCGCAAGGACAUGUGCUCCUGGAGCAAGGGCAUGCAGAUCAGGUACAAUGUCAGUCAACUGGAAGAAUGGCUACGUGACAAGAAUCUAAUGAACAGUGGGGCCAAGGAGACUCUGGAACCUCUUAUCCAGGCCGCUCAGCUUUUGCAAGUGAAAAAGAAAACUGACGAUGACGCAGAAGCCAUCUGUUCCAUGUGCAACGCCCUGACCACGGCCCAGAUUGUCAAAGUGUUGAAUCUGUACACACCGGUUAAUGAGUUUGAAGAAAGGGUCUCAGUUUCAUUUAUCCGCACUAUACAGAUGCGGUUACGAGACAGGAAAGACUCUCCACAGCUGCUCAUGGAUGCAAAACACAUCUUUCCUGUCACUUUUCCCUUUAACCCAUCCUCCCUAGCCCUAGAAACCAUCCAGAUCCCAGCCAGCCUGGGCCUGGGCUUCAUCGCACGGGUCUGAAGUGCUGUCCAAGCAAACGUAGAAAACGCAUUUCUCCUCAGAAUAUGAACAGUUGUUUCCAGUGAGCUACUGAAAAUGCAUUUUUAAAGAAAAAGUACUGAUUAUCUCUAAAGGAAGAUGUUAACUGGAAAUCCACCCCUCCCCCCAGAAUCCUUUCGAUUGACCAACCUGGAGGACACCCCUCGUACUGUUACCUUUAAACAACAUUUAUUCUUUAUCAGUUGGAAACCUGAGUUUACAUACAGCUGAAAGGUGGCAGGGAGGAGUGAAAGGAAGGAUAAAGGGGUGUGUCUUCAGCUGACUGCUUUUAGUUUAAAUCUUUAGUGCUGCAUUUAAGUGGCAUACAAAAUACAAUCCCAUAUGUAUGAACUGUUGUGAACAAGGCACAAAGAACUGAAGAAAAUCACUGAAUACAUAUCAUAGCAGCUUUGGAGCCAAUCAUGUUGAUAUUGUCAAACUGGAUCACAAAAAUAAACUGGCAACAUUAAAGUAACUGGCCAAGUAACUUCCUUCUCUGUGUCCCUACGGCAUAGCGAUGUGAAAGCUGCUGUUUGCUAGGCCGUGUAGAUGCCCGUUUGCACUGUAGCUUACUGAGCAUCUUAAGUGGCUGCUGUGUGCUGUCUCCUGACCUAAGUGAAAGUCUUACUAGGACUAUAAACUACGCUUCUCUUUCAUCAGCUCUGUUUACAAGUCAACCAGAUCAGUUCUAACCGGAUUAUAUACAGUUAUCCACAGGUUCAUCAGCGCGAGUAGCAGACGCUGGGGAAGUAGAGUUAGACAGAGUGGCUGUUGAUGUCAUUGCUGAUCGGGAUUAUUACAUUGAUAAGUCAUCUGUGUGGAUAUCACAUCAUGGUAUAGAGUUGUGUAAAGUUACUUGGUUUUAGUUCCCAAAUCUGAUUCUUGCCAUGCAUAUAUUCAACCUUGACAAGUUUUCUUUUUAAUUUAUUAGGUGUUAGUUUCAGUCACUAUCUGGAAAGGACUGUCAGAAUAUUUAUGACUAAGAUCUUGAAACUGUUUAUCCUAUAAGUUAUUCAAAAUAGGCAUAUAAAUAAAUCAUUAUAAUUCAGGGGGCUUAGGUGUUGCAACCUCUAUAAAUGUUCUCAGAUACCACUGGAUACUUUAAAAAUAUCAUAUUAUAAACACAUUAAGAAGACGUAUGUAAGAAGUAUAGGAGAUUAUUAAACUUUAUAGAGGAUUUGGAUCAGUGAGAUCCAGGUUCAGUAUGUCUUCAUUAUGAAAUCCUAGUUAAGCAUAUUCUCCGUUUUUUUUUUCCUGGAAGUCUUAUAUAGUAAAUCCUUUGGGUUUUGCAAGAGCAAAUUCUUAGCUUUCAUUCCUCUGGUUCUUAAUUACAAUCAUCAAUUUGUAUAGUUUAACUGUAAGAUGGUCUAUAACCGUGACAUUUAAAUAUGUGCAAUAUUAUUAAUGAGAGCUAAAUGGUUUCAAGUCAAUGAUAAAUACUGUUAUUAAACAACAAUUAUUGUUCAUUAUCUUAUUGAAGCCUGAAUGUCCUUGUUUAUAAAGUGAGAGGGUUGGACAACUGAUUGUUCCAGCCACUUCCCUGUUUACAGUUCACUCAUACUUGGUUCCUAGAGAAAGGGGUCACAGUCACUCUGUCCUGCUGUAAAGACCAGUGUUCAGUGCCUGCCAGUUCCCUAGGGUCAAUACACUAAGUCACAAGUUUAUGUAGCCAAAACCUUUUCUUAACAUACAUCAUUUAGGUACUUUACAACACCCUAAUUAUUUGUAUUAUUUGAAAGUUACUUAGUUUAAGUAAUUUUUGUUCCAUGAUAAACUUUUUUUGUUUGCUUAGGGAAUUUUGUUUUUGUAGUGCUGGGAAUUGAACCCAGGGCCUCAUUGUGUUAAAUAAGUACAUCACUGAGCUACAGUCUCGGUCUUCAUUCAGUUGCAGUACAUUUAUUUAUUUGCAGGACCUAAAACACUAAUUGUCUUCAGUUUUUCUGGGUUUUCAGUAUUGUUUCAGUGAACAGUUAGUGCUUAAAGCCAUCUCACUAGUACUGAGUGUGUCAGGUAGAGAAGGGGAGUGGGUGGGAGAACUGCCGAGCAAACAGAGCCACGUGUAGGCUCUUUCCUCACUCAGCCCUGGCAGGCCGCCCACACCCUGCUCCCAGCUUAGUCCUGAGUAGGAUGCUGAUGCACACCUGAGUCUUGUCUUCAGGACAUGCUGUCAUAUCCACUGUCCCUGAACCCCAGUCUCCUAUUUCAGACAUCUGUGCCCGACAGUUUCUAGCACUUCCGCACAUUUUUCUCUGUUGUCAAGAGCUUGGGCUCCUGUUCUACAGCUGCUCCCAUUUUGUGGUUCUCCUGGUUCAGUGACAAUGGUUCAGAGUCUAUGAUUCCAGACUUAGAUUCUCUCAAGCUGCUCAGACCCCCAUGGUGAGUGUGUGCACUGCUUUGUUAAGGCGGGAGGCACCAGGCUUGUGCUCACGGGCGUCCUUUAGGCUGAGUGAGGACCACUCACCUCUACUCUGUCACCUAUACUCUCCUAGCUUCAAAUACACACCCAGCCUCUCCCUGCCUGUCCCUUCCCCCACUUCCCUAAUCUUUCCAGCCUGAUGGCUUUCUGUGGCCCUGGUCGGCAUGCCUGGGACUCACCUUUUGGUGUUCUGUGUACACUCCUGACCUUGCUCUGUACUCCUUAACAUUAUCACUAAUUGGCUUUUCCACAAUUCCACUAUGACAUGCUUGGACUACAAAGAAGGAGCUCUUGAAAGACACACCAGCACAGCAGUUCUUCCUCACAAUGAGCCCCUCGCAGUAGCCACCACUCUCCCUGCUGCAGAUGCAGCUCACUCCCUUGGCAUCCACAGUGAGGAGAGGACCAGUUUCCCAUCCCUUCCUGCAGCUUUUCUUAGCCCAAGGCUUGAAUCUGCCUUAGAGUAACUCAGAAUAGGGAAAGAUAAACACAAAUCAAAACGCACAAAGGACAGCUUGGUGGUUCCUUUGGAGCCGUGAACAUUCCAUGGUACCUGGCACUGCUUUAGAAAGCAAAUGACAGAACUAUACUCCAAAGCCAAGGGACAGGGGAUGUAGCUCUGGGCCAGCUUAGAUGACUUACUUUGUUACUGACUCCUUUCAGCAGCUAAAGAAAGACUCCUUAUGGGCGAGCAAGUGUGUAUAAUACACAUAUUCUUUAAUAGUGUGUACAGAAGGCUAUGAGAAUACUUCAGGCCUCAGUAUCUUGUUUAUGGUGAGAAAAUUUUUCUGACAAUUGUAGGAAAAGAGGAACUGCUGCCAUCCUGAGAAUUCCACAUGGAAUCAGUCUCUCUCUCUCUCCCUCUCUCUCUCCCUCUCUCUCUCUCUCUCUCUCACACACACACACACACACACACACACACACACACAGUCACCAGUAGAGAGUUCUUCAGGAGGCGUGGUCAAGGGUCCUCUGGGUAACAUCAACCUGUUAGGAUGAAGAGCAAAUGUCCGUGUGUGACGCUGCAUGGUCCUGUUGAAAGUAGUGCAGAAAUAGUAUCCAUAACGCAUGUGCUUCACGCCAGCAACUCUUCCUCUGUUACCUCACUUCCUCACAGCGUCCACAGGAGGCAGCUCCCACAAUCAGCGGGGAUGAUAAGUUGGGACAGUGCUAUGGUCAGUGACUCACUGGGGGUGACACUGCCCUUUAGCAGUAAGGGCAGAAGCUGACCUGUCUCUCCUGAUGCUGUAGGGUGCUCUGGGCUACUAAGGGUGCUCUUCAUCUUUAUUGGCAUGUGGGAAGAGACAAACGAUGAGCACCGACUUACUCCUUGGGAGGCCAGUGCACUGUGCUUACAGCACCAGCUAUGACUAGGCUUGCCUUUGCUGGUGAGCCAGUACUCCUUGACAGGGUGUGCACUCUCAAGUUAGAGGCUAUCUGAACUAGAAGGGCAGGAAGCAGUGAAAACCUCAGAUGUGAAGAGGCAAGGCAGGCCACUCUCCACAACCCUGAGGUUUCCCUGGGAAGAGCCCCUGGCUGAACUACACAGCCUGCAGAGAGCUCUCUAGUCUUAGUCUGAGGCACCUAGGGACCUAGGACACUAAGUCCCUCCCUCCCCAGGGCUGUCUGCCAUUGGUGAGUCAGAGUAAGCUUGGAAGUGCCACAGCAUGCUGUAGGGGAGGAGCUAGGAGCUGUGCUGUGGGCAUGCAUGCUUGAGGCCACAAGCAUUCUGUGGUAAGUGCUUUGUAGUUUGUUCUCAGGCUGUGCUGUGAGGGCCGCCUUAACCCUUGCCCCUUCCCUUUUAGAGCUGCCUUAAGUUCGCCAGAACUUGUCCUCAGUGAGGGGUAUCUUGCCAUGUUUCUCAAGGUUUUGUAAGGAUUUGGAUUGGGUGUGGCUUCCAACCACUAAGUCCUUUCUCCCCUUCCUGCAUCUCCUGCUACCUAUGUGCUGCCAUUUCCAACCAGAGGUUAGAAUUUAUAAAGCAACCAAUGAAAUGUUAGCUUUAGGAAUAUUUCUGGGUUAGUGCAACUCCCUGUAACAGUAAGCAAAUUAGCAUGCAUGGAAGCAGGGUGGAAGUCAGAGUAUUCGUGGGUGUCUUGCCUUUAACUCUUUCUAAUAAAGGCAAAAAUACAACUCUAAAAACUUUGUGUGGACAUCCUUUUAAACUGUAAGGUGCCCUACUGUAAAAGGCUGAGUAAAAACAAGAAAGUAGCUGUAUUAAGUUCUAAUCCAUUACAGUACCUAAAGUCACUUUAGAAUUAUAGUCAAUAGGUCAAAAAGCAAAAGAUGCCAUGUCAAACAGCUCCCAGAUGUAUUUUAUAUUUUUUUAAUUGUAUAAUUUGGUCUCCUAAAAAAUGUUCAUUAGCUUAACUUAAUGGGUAGAAUUAGACUCAUAACAUAUCUGAAAACAGCUAACAUUUCCUUGGCAUUGUGAUAUUGUUUGGAAUAGUUGGGGAAAUUUUAGGUUUGUUUUUUGAAGGUUGAAAUUACCGUGUAUAAUUUAAUGCUUGGAAAGUGAAUACAGCCCCGUGCAUUUUCCAGAGUCAGUAGUUUCAAAUAACUUAUUGUUACUAUGUGUAAUAAAAUCUUAGCCUCUCUAAGUCAUGUGAGACAUUUUUCCCACAAAAGGUGAUUUCUCCUUUAAAUGUGGAUAUGUGUUGUGGUUGUGAUUUAUGAUCCACAAUUAUGUUCUUUUGUUGGUUCCUGAAAUAACAAUAAUUUUCUUGUGUUUUUGGAAAGUUCCAGUUGUUGCAGCAGUAUUGUACAGAUGGGCUCAUGGCAUUUAACAUACUGUGGUUUUAUCUUAACUCUUUAGCACUUAUUGUGAAAUGCACCUGCCUUUGAAAUACAGUAAAUGGGACGUUGCAGUUUUCGAAUCUUUUUCUUCCUUGGAUCUGGAGAAAGAAUUUUCUUGACCUACACAGUUCAUCUCUGCACAGUGGUUAGUUGAGGAAGCAGAAGUGAUGAAAGGUGAGAGGUACAGCCAAGCCUCUCUGGAAUUAAACUGAGCCCAUUCUAGAGCCGCACGGGAGGUCUUCUAGAAGGCUAAUAAUUCACCUCAUAGCAACAAAAGCCUUGGAAACAUGAGUUUUUCACUGGGUAUUACCUAAUGCUAAAAGGAAAGCCAAAACAAUAUCAGAAUGACAUUUUAUGCUCUAAAUUUAUAGCUGUCUAAUGUGCUUAGUGUGUAUCUGUCAUUAGUGCUGUAUUCUCCUAGCUAUUGUAGAAAAUUGUUGAAAUAAAGAUAAGGAUAUAAAGAAA